AUGUUCAGUCACAGCCCCAAAACCCAGUCGUCAACCCCCUGGCAGCCGAACGCCGAAAAGGUGAACCCUGGGACGAUCGUCUAUGCCCGGAGAUCCAAGGCGACCUACCCGAGCGCAUCGCCCUCCUGUGCCUCAUGGUUUUGCAGCUUUUGCGCCCUGUGUUUCGGGCUGCUCUUUGCCGGAGGGUUGCUUGUAGUGGCGGUACCCAUGUCUGAGUUGUGCCAUUUCUGGCGUUAUGACUUGCUCACACAUGGGGGCAUCUCCGACUACUAUCAGCAACUUGGUCUCUACAAUGAAGCAGAUCCAGCACAGAACAUCGAUCCCUACGCCACAGAUGUGUUUCGAACCUGCUUCACCGGCAACGGCACGGGGAACAUCAUCGCGGCACUUCAGCUGCAGGAGCCGCUCAGCUUCCAGCAGGUUUUGGAUGAGAAGUUUAUCGAGCUGGAGGAUAAGCAGGCAGCCAUGGUGGUGGACACGGCCCGCUAUGAGCUCCUUGUUUCCCAGGCCCGUCUCUUCGGCGGCCUUUUCCUCCUGGAGCCCGAUCAACCUCUGGCCCUAGAUCCCGCUUGGGCAUCCAAACUCCUGGGCAGCUCCUUGGAUCCUGACGACCAGGUGGGCCCGGAUGGGGAAUCGUUGAUCUCCGGCCUCAACACGUAUGCAGCGUCCAUUGCUGGGCCUGGGCAGUAUGCCUUUGAGCACGGUACCUCCGGAGGUGGCAUUCUCAUAACGGCCACGGAGCCAUCUGAG